AUGGCCAUGGAGAUCUCCCCGACGCAGUCGCCACCGCGGACGCCGCGUAGGGCGGCGAAGCCGCGGCUGUUCAUCAAGGAGAUGGUCCUCCGCAACUUCAAGUCCUACGCAGGGGAGCAGCGCAUCGGUCCUUUCCACAAGAGCUUCUCGGCUGUUGUUGGGCCAAAUGGCAGUGGAAAGAGUAAUGUCAUUGAUGCAAUGCUUUUUGUGUUUGGGAAGCGUGCAAAGCAGAUGCGCCUAAACAAGGUCUCCGAGCUCAUACACAAUUCUUCCAAUCAUCAGAACCUAGACAGUGCUGGUGUUUCUGUUCAUUUUCAAGAAAUCAUUGACAUGGAUGAUGGGAACUACAGUGCUGUUGAGGGUAGUGACUUUGUCAUCUCAAGGGUUGCUUUCCGUGACAACACUUCUAAAUACUACAUAAAUGAGCGUGGAAGCAAUUUUACUGAAGUAACUAAACUGCUGAAGGGCAAGGGAGUUGACCUUGAUAAUAAUCGCUUUCUCAUCCUCCAGGGUGAGGUUGAGCAAAUCUCCCUAAUGAAACCAAAGGCUCAAGGUCCACAUGAUGAAGGUUUUCUAGAGUAUCUUGAAGACAUAAUAGGGACAAACCAGUAUGUUGAAAAAAUUGAAGAAGCGUACAAGCAACUCGAAGUGCUCAAUGAAAAGCGAACUGCAUCAGUGCAGAUGCUAAAAUUAGCUGAGAAGGAAAGAGACAGUUUAGAGAGUGCAAAAAAUGAAGCUGAAACAUACAUGCUGAAGGAACUUUCACUUCUGAAAUGGCAAGAAAAGGCAACGAAGCUGGCUUCUGAUGAUGCUAUCUCACGUGUUAAUCAGUGUCAAGAGAAUGUGGCAGACCUGGAAAAGAAUCUUGCCUCCGAAAGGGAGAAGAUACAGCAGAAUUCUCAAACUCUGAAGGAAAUGGAGUCUAUUUACAAUAAACAUGUCAAAAGGCAAGAGGACCUUGAAAAUAACAUGAAGAGCUGCAAGGACCAGUUUAAAGAGUUUGAGAGGAAAGAUGUAAAAUACAGGGAAGAUUUAAAGCAUCUUAAGCAGAAUAUCAAGAAGCUGGAUGACAAAGCUGAAAAGGAUACAUCAAAACGUGAUGAAAAAACAAAAGAGAUGGAGGAGUCAUCCAAUCUCAUUCCACAGCUGGAGGCAGAAAUACCCAAAUUGCAAGAGCGACUUAAUGAAGAAGAGAAAGUCUUAGAGCAGAUCAAAGCAUCCUCUCGAGAAGAAACUGAGAGGCUUCGUGCUGAACUUACUCAAGUACGAACUGAACUUGAACCAUGGGAAAAUCAAAUUAUUGAGCAUAAAGGAAGGUUAGAUGUUGCAUCUGCUGAGAAAAAGUUAAUGAAAGAAAAGCAUGAUGGAGCUCAAGCAGAAUUAACUGAUGCACAAAACCAGAUGGAAAGUAUAAAGGAGAAAGUUAAAACAAAGGAUUCAUACAUUGUGGAGCUUCAAGAAAAAAUAGAGAAACACCAGAAUGAAGCAUCUGAAGCUCGCAAAAUCGAACAGGAAUGCCAAAAACAGGAGGAUUCACUGAUCCCUCUGGAACAAGCAGCAAGGCAGAAAGUUGCAGAGAUGAAAACCACUAGGGAUUCUGAGAAGAACCAAAGUACUGCUCUGAAAGCAAUUUUGCAAGCCAAGGAAUCAAAUGAAAUACAAGGCAUUUAUGGUAGGCUUGGUGAUCUUGGUGCAAUUGAUGCAAAAUAUGACGUGGCCAUAUCAACAGCAGCUUCAUCUGGGCUUAAUUAUAUUGUGGUUGAAACAAUAAAUUCGGCCCAAGCUUGUAUUGAGUUGUUACGUAGAAGGAACCGUGAGGAAACUGUAACUUGUUUGAUCCUGGAAAAACAAACGCACCUCCUUCACAAAAUUAAAGAGAAAGUAAAAACACCUGAAGGAGUUCCACGCCUUUUUGAUCUGGUAAAGGUUAAAGAUGAGAAGCUGAAGUUAGCCUUCUUCCAUGUCUUGGGGAAUACUGUUGUUGCAAAUGAUCUUGAUCAGGCUUCGCGAAUUGCAUAUACUGCAGCAAAGGAGUUCCGUCGGGUAGUUACCCUAGGCGGUGAACUGUUUGAGAAGUCUGGUACCAUGAGUGGUGGUGAUGCUAAAUCCCGUCUUGAAAUGGAAUUGGCAAAAGCUAAAAAGGAGGUUGAGAGUAUGAAUGCACAGUAUAUUUACAAUGAAAAGCGACUAGAGUCUCUGAAAGCCGCUUCACAACCCAAAGCUGAUGAGCUUCGCAGAAUGAAAGAGCUGGAUGGCAUCAUAUCUAGUGAGCAAGCUGAACUAGAUAGACUCACAAAGUGUUCCAGCAAACUUAAAGAUCAGGCUUCAGAACUUCAACAGAAAAUUGAAAAUGCUGGAGGGAAGAUGCUGAAGGACCAGAAGGCAAAAGUUGGCAACAUCCAAUCUGAACUUGACAAAACAAGUUCAGAAAUCAACAGACACAAAGUUAACAUAACUUCAGGUGAUAAGUUGGUGAAAAGGUUAACCAAGGGCAUUGAGGAGUCCAAGAAAGAUAGAGAAAAACUUUUUGCUGAAAAGGAGAAUAUGCUGUCUAUGUUCAAAGAGAUUGAGAAGAAAGCAUUUGUUGUUCAGGAAGAGUAUAAGAAAACACAGGAGAUGAUAGACAACCAUAAGGUUGAGCUUGACAAAACUAAGGAAGAAUACACGAAACUAAAAAAAGCAAUGGAUGAACUGAGAGCCUCGGAGGUUGACGCUGAGUACAAAUUGCAAGAUACAAAAAGGCUUGCCAAGGAGUGGGAAAUGAAGAUGAAAACAUUCAAGAAAAGGCUUGAUGAAAUUCAGACAAAUGUUGUUAAACACAUGGAUCAAAUCCAAAAGGAUGCUGUUGAUCCUGAGAAACUCAAAGCGACUCUAGGUGAUGAGCAACUAAAUGACACGUGUGACAUGAAAAGGGCAAUGGAGAUGGUGGCAUUGUUGGAGGCUCAGAUUAAAGAUUUGAGCCCAAACCUGGAUUCCAUAGCAGAGUACCGCACAAAGGCUCGCUUGUAUGGUGAGCGUGUUGAUGAGCUAAAUGCUACCACUCAGGAACGUGAUGAUCUUAAAAAGUUGUACGAUGGGUUAAGGAAGAGAAGGCUAGAUGAAUUCAUGGCUGGGUUCAACAUAAUAUCUUUGAAACUGAAGGAGAUGUACCAGAUGAUUACUCUUGGAGGCGAUGCCGAACUGGAACUUGUUGAUUCCUUGGACCCAUUUUCAGAAGGUGUUGUUUUCAGUGUGAGGCCUCCAAAGAAAAGCUGGAAAAACAUUGCCAAUUUAUCUGGUGGUGAGAAGACGCUUAGUUCGCUAGCUUUGGUGUUUGCUCUUCACCACUAUAAACCUACUCCCUUGUAUGUUAUGGAUGAGAUUGAUGCUGCGUUGGACUUUAAGAAUGUAUCAAUUGUGGGACACUAUGUGAAAGAUAGGACCAAAGAUGCACAGUUCAUUAUUAUAAGUCUGAGGAACAACAUGUUUGAACUAGCCGACAGGUUGGUUGGUAUUUACAAGACGGACAACUGCACCAAGAGUAUAACAAUCAACCCAGGAAGCUUCGGCGAGAGCAUGAAAGUAGUGUAG